GCCCCUCCUCUUCAGUAUACUCCCCUAUUCUAUAUUAAACAUAUACAUUCUGAAAGCACCUCCCAGUGACCCGAGACCAUGGCACUGGACUCCAGGCCUCAUGCUGUCAAGAGGGCUCUUUGGGGGGUGGGAAGAUCAGCAGCUGCCUGUCACCCGUUUGCAUUCCUGCCAUCUUUGAGGGCAGAAGAAAGAGAACACUGAACGCAAAGCUGAGAUGGAGCCCAGGCUGGUUCUUGGGGUCUCCUGGGCACUAGUGGGUGGGUCAGUUGUGUCAGCCAGCCCAGCACCUCUGUCGUUUAGCUAACAUUUUAUGUACAUGCCUUUCACCUCCUUUGCACUCAUGUUCAGAUAUGUAUAUCAUUAUGUUCUUAGUUUGCACGAAUGUAGUCACAGCGAUCCAGUUUCUUAAAAAUGCAUCUCAGUAGAAUAGGUCAACGCAUCAUUUUUACUUUUUGAGACUCUAGGUCAGGCUUGACCCCACAGCAAUCCUCCUGCCUCAGCCUCCUGAGUGCUGGAAUUACAGACAUGAACCACCAUGUCUGACUUGACUACUUUUUAAUAUUUAUAUAGUGUUUGAAGAUAUAAGCGGUCUACGGCUGUACCACGCUGAAUGUGCUCCAGCUUGCCUGAAGGGAUUCAACUGCUGCCUGAGUCACAGCUACCCUUAUGACAUCAUGGGACACUCUCCUCUGCUCUCUGCUCAUGCCAGCACUGGAGCAGCACAGACCUGAGGGGAUUUGAACCAUCUACACCCAAUCCAUGUGUGAACAAUGUCCCAAGAGAACCAGAAACUCCCUGAAGAGACGCCAGUGGUGAAGAUCCAAGCUUGGUGGCGCGGCACUCUGGUCCGUCGGGUGCUCUUGCACGCGGCCCUCCGAGCCUGGAUCAUCCAGUGCUGGUGGCGGCUGUUACUGCCGAGGAUUUUGGAGAAGAGGCGGCAGGCCAUACUGGACACCUUCCAGCAGGAGCAGUGGGCAGUGGUCAGGCUGCAGUCCUGGGUCCGCAUGUGGCGGAUCCGCAGGCGCUACCGCCAGAUGCUUAAGGCUGUCCGAAUCAUCCAGACCCACUGGAGGGGCCAUGCUUGCACUUCGCGGGGCGUCAUCAAGGGCCAGUACCGAAUUUCGGCCAGCCAGCUGCAUCUUGAGCUGGAGAUCUUGCUGGGCUCCGGGCCUUGUAUUGUAACUGAAUGUAUCCCCCUCCCAAUAAAGCAGUGAGGCGGUCC